AUGCCUCGCAAUAUUGAAAACUUUCCUUCGGAAAUCAGAAUCCUACUUCUCUCUGUGAUGGACUUGGAGGCUUUGAAAAGCUUUGUUCGCGCAUCUCCUGUUUAUCAUCAACAAUAUCUUCUAUAUCGCGAGCAUUUACUCCGUCAAUGUUUAGAGAUUACGUUGGGUAGCAUCAGCCUUGGAGCCUUUGCUGUUCACAAGUCUAGCCUAAAGACGUUUUCGAAAACACGCACCAUAAACAAGGUGGCACAUCUCCUCGACUCUUAUAAGGCGUCAUCAACCCAUUACUUGAUUCCCAGAGAGGAAUCAUCUCUGGACGAUCUUAUCAAAAUGGCGAAUUUCCAUCGCCUAGUUAUACAGCCUCUUGUGCGGCACUAUACCGAUUGGGCAUUGAGGAAUAUUGUGAGAGAUGCGAAGAUAUUACAGAUUGAGUACGAUUUAAACAAGAUUGAGGAGCCUUUCAGUACGGCGGAGGGAACUCGCGUAAUGCGCUCCCUGUAUCGCUUCGAGCUUUUCUGUAAUCUAUUCGGUCUUGGCCCUCACAAGCUCGAUUCAGAGCUUGAUUCUUUGGAUAUUUGCAUGCUAGUGGCAGCAUCAUUCGAUCACUGGGAGCUCAAGGAGAUCUCUUGCAUUCAUAGUUUUACCGUGAGUAAAUGUCAAAAUAUCUUCGACGACGUUAUCGGCGGCACACACCCCCAUCGGUAUAGUGAUCGUAAGCUUUCCUAUAAUAAUCCCAAUGGCUCAGUGGCUAAUUACGCAGAUGUUCACCUGAGUGGAACUACUUCUCGGGGUCUCGCCUUCCUACAGACAAUAUUUCUCGAGCCCAGGGGUGCCGCAGAUCGGGCUUUGCUAAUACUAGACGGCUUUCCAUUGGCAUGGACCGUAUUCUGGGAGAGUAACAUGAUUGUGCGCUUGAAGAACGAUGGUACUCUGUGGGGAUAUGCCCUGUGGGAUUCGAGACCGUUAAAGUGCACUCUGAAGGAGAUAAUAGGUAACAUAUAA